AUUCACUUUAAAUUCGAAAGAGCGCUUUUGAGAUUCAUAGUUCAUUUUGACUAAAAAUCGGAUCGUUUUUGUUAACGGAGGUCGUAGAUUUUCUCUCCAAUGGAGGCCGCGAAGACAACGAGGGGAGCGGGAGGAAGAAGGGGUGGAGACAGGAAGAAGUCGGUGUCGAAGUCAAUCAAGGCAGGGCUCCAGUUCCCCGUUGGUCGGAUCGCUCGGUACUUGAAGAAGGGUCGCUACGCCCAGAGAACGGGCACAGGGGCUCCGAUCUACCUCGCUGCGGUCCUUGAAUAUCUUGCCGCUGAGGUGCUGGAAUUGGCAGGGAACGCAGCACGUGAUAACAAGAAAAACAGGAUAAAUCCAAGGCACGUGCUUUUGGCUGUGAGGAACGACGAGGAACUGGGGAAGCUGCUUCAAGGCGUCACCAUUGCCAACGGCGGAGUUCUGCCAAACAUCAACCCAGUAUUACUACCAAAGAAAACCGCUACUUCCGAAUCCGAGAAGGUGUCCAAGUCGCCCAAGAAAGCCUAAACUCGAGAAAGAUAAAUAACAGAAGUAGUAAUUUUCUUUUAGUAUUACAACAAGGAUGGUGGUUUCUCCUACCCUUUUCGCAAGUUUCUGUUGCGGAAUUGUAGAUGCUAAAUUCAAAAUUAGUUAAAUGGAAAGCUGCCUGUUUUCUUUA